AUGGGACAUGGAAUUUGGAAUACCAUCAAAUUUGCACUGCUGAGAGAGAGUAGUCGUGGCAACCGUGUCAUGCUAACAACUCGAAAAGCUGAUGUAGCCUCUGCCUCUUGUACAGAAUCUCUAGGCUAUAUCCACAGAAUGGAGCCACUGUCCUCUGAAGAUUCGUGGACCCUUUUUUGUAACAAGAUCUUUAAGGGAAAUAGUUGCCCUGGCCAUUUGAUGGAUGUUGCAAAAGGUAUAUUGGGUAAAUGUGAGGGCUUGCCCCUUGCAAUUCUUGCAAUCACUGGGCUUUUGGCUUUGAAAGGUGUAAACAGAACAGAGGAAUGGGAGAUGGUACGACGUAGUCUUGGGGGUGAAUUAGAAGGCACUGGUAAGUUAGAUAGAGUUAAAAAGAUACUCUCUCUUAGUUAUAAUGAUUUGCCUUGGCAUCUAAAGACAUGUCUGUUGUACACAAGUAUCUACCCAGAGGAUUAUGCAAUAGAAUGCUAUGACCUAAUUAAUUUGUGGAUUGCUGAAAGGUUUGUAGAAUGGAGAGAAGGAAUGAGUAUUGAAGAUGUAGCUUGGGGUUGUCUUAGUGAACUCGUUAAUAGAAGGCUAAUUCAAGUGACUGACGUGUUUUAUGAAGGAUUACCCAACACUUGUCGAAUCCAUGACCUGUUGAGAGAAGUUAUUCUUCUCAAGUCAAGAGAACAAAACAUGGUCACAGUUAUUACUGAACAACUAACGAGGUGGCCGUCCGAGAAGGUACGCCGUCUGGUAGUCCAUGGUAGUAGCAGUAACAACACCCAGCAUCACCAACAAAGACCAAAUUAUUGCUUUGACCACCUUCGAUCGUUCGUUACUGUUGGAUCCACGAACCUACUACUACACAAAAUGUUGUUAUCUGAAGUUUCGAGGAGUAGUAAGCUGUUAAAGGUUUUGGAUUUGACUGGCCAAGAGGCACAGAAGAAAAUACCAAAUGAGAUUUUCAAGAUGUUUCGUCUCAAGCAUUUGGACCUAUAUGGUACAGGAGUGGAAAGAGUCCCAAAAGCCAUUGGAAAGCUUCAACAUUUGGAGUAUCUGAAUUUGGGAGAGACUGGAGUUAGGGAAUUACCCACGGAAAUUCUAAAGCUGCAAAAACUUCGGGUUCUCAGAGUAUAUCAACAAGUUGAUUCUUCCGAUGCUGAUUAUGGAUAUCAUGGAUUUAAAGCUCCCUCGAAUAUGGUAAGGCUUCUUGCCCUAGAAAUAUUAGACUGCAUAGAUGCAAGUAGUGGAUCCACAAUAGUUAAGGAGAUAGGAAAGCUGACCCAAUUAAGAGAGCUAUAUAUUACAAAGUUGAGAAGAGAAGAUGGAAAGGAGCUCUGCUCCUCCCUUGCUAACCUCACCAGUCUUCGGGAAUUAAGCGUUACUUCAAUUGGAAAAGGUGAUGAUCAUGAGAUAAUUGAUCUAAAUCAUCAUCAUCCUUCUCUUUCUUCUUCUUCUUCUUCGUUUCUUCAAUCUCUUCGUAUGCUGAUUUUGCGUGGCCGCUUAGAAAAGAUGCCAAAAUGGAUAGUUCAUCUUCAUGGCUUGGUAAGAAUAGAUUUGGAUUGGAGCGGGUUAAGGAGUGAGGAGGAUCCGUUUGAAUCCCUCCAACAUUUGCCCAAUUUGGUUAGUAUUAAUUUCUGUGGAUCUUACCAGGGAGAAGGGUUGUGUUUCAAGGCUGGAGGGUUCCUAAAGCUGGAGUGGAUGUACUUAAAGAGACUGGAAGGGUUGAGAUGGAUGAGAGUGGAGGAGGGUGCAUUGCCUCGUUUCCAUGAACUCAUUCUGGAACAACUUCCAUUGCUAGAUGAGUUACCUUUGGGUAUUCAGCACUUGAGCCAUCUUCAAGGGCUGUAUUUGUAUGAGAUGAGUUCCAAAAUGAUAGAAAAGGUAGAGAAUCAGAAGGAAGAAAGUGAAGAUUACAGAAAAAUCGCACACAUUCCUGAAAUUGUCAUUGGUUGCUAUACAGAUGAUGGGGAAUGGAGACAACACAGCCUGUGGGCUGAGAAGAAGUAG